AUGAACACUGAGGACUCCUCUGAACUUUCCAAUUUCUCUCUUCUCAACAACAUGAAUGCCGGCGACUCCAUUGAAGUUGCCAUCUUGAGAGGAAGGGAUGCUCUGCCUAGUCAUUUCUUGUUCAAAAUCGAGCCCUUCUCAUUACUAAAAGCUUCAAUUGAUAUAUACAAAACGAGCCAAUUUGAAGCAGGGGGUUUCAAAAGGAGAUUGCUGAUAUACCCAGCUGGGGAAUCUAGCAAAAACAGGGAAAAUCAUAUCUCCAUUUACCUGGAAUUGAUGGAGACAAGUUCUCUCCCUGCAAGAUGGGAAGUCAAUGUGAUUUUCAAUUUUCUAAUAUUCAAUCAGCUUCAAGAUAAGUAUGAUAGUCUCCAGGUUGAACAGGUUUUUUCUCCAAUCCUCCUGAACUGGGAUGCCAGAAAGUUCAUGUCACUGCAUAAACCCAAGGAUCCAAAACAGAGUUUCUUGGUGGAUAACACUUGCAUCAUUGAAGCAGAAGUUACUGUGCUUGGGUUGAUUAAAACUUGA